AUGCCCAAAAAGUUUGGAACAAAUACUAAAUCACAGGAAGUACGUGAAAGGCGAGAAGCUCAAAAAGAACAACUAAAGUCUAGAAAGGCUAAGGAAGAAGAAGAUGCAAAGUGGGUUGAAGAUGAUGAGCACGUUGUGCGAAAAUUGCAACGGAAGGAAGUUAGAGAAGCCAAGCGCCUCGAAGCGAUUAAGAAAAAGCAAGAAAUCAAAAAGCUACAUGACGAGGAAAUGAAUAGUCUCCAAGGAGCAAAGACCAAGAUCCAAACCUCUACCUCCAAUAAGCUUACUCAGGCACAAAUAGCUUCAGCUCGUGCGAGGCUAGAAGCUGAACACGCCAUAUUGAUGCGUAAAACUGAAAAGGAAGUCGAGAAGACAGAUCACUUAGUGGAGAACCUAAAUAUCUUUUCACCCGAGGAGACUUCCGCUAGAACGGUUGAGGAUGCUAUUAAGGCCUUAAGUGUAAGCGACGACACUCCUGACAAGCACCCAGAGAAGAGAUUCAAGACAGCAUAUCUGGCUUACGUAGAGAAGAUGAUGCCCAUUUUAAGGGCGGAGAAUCCAGGAAUGCGGCAUUCGCAGCUGAAUGACAAAAUCUACAAGAUGUUCCAAACUGCCCCUGAAAAUCCUCGUAAUCAGCCUCAUGCAAAAUAUAAUGAGAAGUAA